UUUCGAAAACAACAAGGGUUUCUGUUCUGUCUGUUUGUCUUUUUGUUGAAGAUUUUUCCCCUGCGACGGCAUGCGAGUGUCAACCAAAGAACAGCUGUCUUUGUUUUGCUCUUCCGCUGCGACCAUSAUCCUUGCAUCGAGCCAGAGACCAAUUCUACCAAACACCACCAAAACAAAGCACAGCUCUGCCGGUCCGUCCCCGAGAAGAGAACAAUGAAGAGCCUCCGCAGCUGCGCAACACCGGUGUAUUUCUGCCUCGCAAUCGCGUGCUGGCAUGAUUGUGUCGCCCCCGUAGUCUCUCUGUCGCAGUCUUCCCUCUUCGGAAAGACGACCCGAAACAUCGCGACGCAGGUCCUCCAGGGCACCGGAGAACCCACCGUGGACCUCAAUCGAUACAACCUGCCCCUGCCGGUGAUAGAAGCGGGGUGGACCGCGAGGUUUGUCCAGAAACCUACCGAAAACGAGGGCAGGGUCCGGCUCGAAGCCAAGAACAACACCGCCCACUACGUCGACAGCAUUCUUAUCACGGUUCCCCGGAGCGAAGACAACGGGGGUGGCCUCGGGAUCGAACUGGUGGAGCUGGCGGGUGGCCGGAGCGACGGGAUCGGCAUCACGACUGUUUCGGGGGUGGUGGAGGGCGGACCCGCGGAAGGAGCCGGUCUCAACCCCGGCGACGUUCUCUCGUCCGUCUCCCUGGUGCGCCGGCGGAGGCGAACCCCACAGCAACAAAAGGCCGCGAUUUCGGAGGAGGAAGAAGAAUUUUCCGUGUCGACCGAGUGCCUGGCCUACGACGGGACGGUCGAGGCGAUCGGGAGAACGAUUCCCCCGCUCGACAGCAAGUACGAAGACGUCUUUGUCCUGACCGUCAAGCGCCUCCGCCGCCUGCCCAGGGUCAGGGUCCGCCUCCAGUACCCCCCCGAGCAGAACGAGCCCGACACCACCAUCGAGAUGUUCGCGGGCGAGAACCUGCGCCAGGGGAUGCUCAUCCGGGGCGUCAAGCUGAACGACCCACUCGCCAGGCGGUUCGACACCAAGUCGGAGGGAAACUGCGGGGCCGGCGGGCUCUGCCGGACCUGCAGCGUCUGCGUGGUGCAGGGGGCCGACGUUCUGAACCCCCAGCGCGUGGCGGAGCAGCAGAUGAUGCAGGACAGCCCGCGGUGGCGGCUGGCGUGCAAGGCCGUGGUGGGCUACGGGAUGCAAGAGGGCGAAAUGAUCGUCCGGGUCAAUCCGAACCAGUGGUAGCCGGGAGCAACCGGAUCGGCGGGAAGCGCGGGGCCGCGCAAUGCAACGCAACGCAACGCGACUGCCACAUUCCGCGGAUCGAGAACCUGCGGCGCGUCUCUUGGCGCGUUCGUAGAUCGUUCUCGCCAAGCGAGCGGUGCCAUUUUGAAACGGGUGCACCGGGCUUUUCAACGUGGAUUUCGGCUCCAUCCGAACAAAAUAGCAGAGACGCUGCGCUUUCAUGGCAAGGUACGAGUCACUUGCGCAUUGAAAUUUUUUAAAUACCAAUAUAUUGCUUAAUAAUUGAACUCUGAAUGC